AUGUCGCAGCAGGCACGACGACGCCCUGUCACUGGACAGCGCGAGAAGGCCCAAGGAGGACCCGGAGAAGGCCAAGGGAUCCAGGACCGCAGUGACGAGGAUCAAAGAAAAGGCGAGGGCGAAGAGGCAGGCGAUAUGGAUCAGUCUCCAAUCAUCCGUGCACUGCGACGGCAGCCCGUCUGGAUCGUGCUGGCCGUCUCGAGCGGAGCGUGUGCGGCCUUCAAUGGCGUCUUUGCAAAACUAACAACAACAUCUCUAACAUCCAACCUCUCCUCCUCUAUCUCUACCUUUUGCUCGCUCUCCCCCAACAACACCUUCAUCGACCUUCUCGUCCGGGGCACUUUCUUCCUCCUCAACCUCCUCUUCAAUGCCCUUAUGUGGGCUCUUUUCACCUCGGCCCUGACUCGCGCGGAGUCAACCACGCGCGUCAGCAUCGUCAACGUCUCUGCGAACUUUGUCAUCACUGCCGCGCUGGGUGCGUUGAUAUUUGGCGAGAAGCUGGGCGGGAAGUGGUGGGUGGGCGCGGGGAUGCUCGCCGCCGGGAAUGUUGUCAUCGGGAGGAGAGGGGAGGGCGGGAAGCCUGGUGGGAAUAUAGGGCUGGACGAGACGAGGGAGGAGGCAGAGCGUUUGAUGGAAAGAGAAGGAGAAAGAGGCGGCCGGCGCGGCGACGGCGAUCUGGUAGAAUUAGAUGAUCAUGUUGAGGGACCAGGUGAGGGGGAAGAGCAGAGUAGGUUGAAAAAGGGAGAAGAGGUGGAUUAUCCGAUCUGA